AUGCCACCACAAAAUUUUGUUAUUCUUGGAGGUGGCAUCUCUGGUUUAACGGCAGCAUGGUAUUUAGCUCGUAAUGCGCCUUCCUCAAUAAAAAUCACAUUGUUAGAAGCAUCAGAUAGAUUUGGCGGAUGGAUACGAAGUACACGUGUUGGAGAAGAAAGGAUACUUUUUGAACAAGGCCCCAGAACCUUGAGACCUAGUGGAUUAGGUGCAGGUGUUAUACUGGAUAUGGCUGCAAAAUUGAAUCUAGCAGGAUUCAUUCAUGCAGUUGGUAAAUUUGAGCCAGCUGCCAGAAAUCGCUAUUUAUAUUAUCCAGAUCGUCUCGUUCAACUUCCGGGAGGCAAUUUACUUCCAGGUUUAAAAAGUACAAUUAACAGCAAAAAAUUGGCCACACUUACUCAGAAAGAUCAAAGUUGGUUGAAUUCACUUUGUGAAGAGAACAAGGAUCUUCUCGCAUUGAUGAUUAACACGAGUCUUUAUUCUUUUGCAAAUGGUAUUGAACAAUUGGUGCAUGCUAUUGUUAAUGAUUUGGAAGCUAGAGAAAAUGUAACUAUAAAGACGUCACAUCAUGUAAAAGAACUGAAAUUUGGUAAGGAUAUUGAGGUAAGCAGUUUGUAUGCACACUUAAAUGAGGAAAAUGUCUAUACAGAUGAUGGGUCAUUUAAUGCCGAUCAUAUUAUUAGCACCAUUCCAUCACACGAGUUAGCAAAUCUUCUUCCUGAACUUCCAUAUCUGACACAUAAUCCUUCGGUAACAGUUGCAGUUGUAAACAUUGCAUAUGGCCGGCCAAAUUUACUGCCAGUCAAAGGAUUUGGAUAUUUAAUUCCACACAUAACACCAAACAAUCCGUAUCAUGUCCUUGGUGUAGUAUUCGAUUCUGAUGCUAUGCCUCAUCAAGAUUAUAAAAAAGAUAAAUACACAAAACUUACAGUAAUGAUGGGUGGUCAUUAUUAUAAUGAUCUUUCAGAAAAUGAUUAUCCAAAUAAAGAUGAGCUAUUAAGCCAAGCAAUUGAAAAAAUAGAAAAACACUUAGGAGUAUAUUCAACUCCAUUACAAUGCAUGGCACAAAUUCAUAGGAAGUGUAUACCACAAUAUUAUGUUGGACAUUAUUCCAGAAUGAGAGAAUUACAUUAUGCGAUUAAGAAAAAAUAUGGGAAAAGAUUGAGUGUUGGAGGAGCGAGUUAUUUUGGUGUUAGCAUUAAUGAUUGUGUUGCUAAUUCUGCAAGGUUGGCACUCGAUUUGCUUGGAAAUGAUGAUGAAAGAGUAAUUAUUACUGGAUUAGAAAGAGUUGAAGUAGAAUGA